AUGGCGUUUGUUAAUAUGGUACAAAGUUUCAUUGGUUAUCACAAUCUCAUUAAUUCAUUUUUCUUUGUGGCCAUCGUGGUCAAAUUUGUGAUGUUUCAAAACCAACUGGGCGACGUUUUUGGAGGGCCGGCUGGCUGCCCCAAUUCUACAUGGCAAAACUUCGGCCAAUCAUGUUACUUCUUUUCAUCUGGGUCCGUCUUAUUUGACGAAGCCCGUAACAUAUGCCAUAGCAUGGAUAGCUGCAUGGAUCCAGCAGUGAACGGGUAUUGGAUCGGGAUGUACAGACUACAGUGCCUGCUGGCUGACGUGAAACACAUCUACUGGCUGGACAACAGCGAUUUCAAGUUUUCCAAUUGGGAUUCCGGAGAUCCGAACGACGACGCGUGUUGCGUCAAGUUAGCGGACAGUCAGAACUGGAGGGACAAGGGAUGUGCUUCCUUCCAGAACUUCAUCUGCGAAAGACCGAUCUCAAUGGAAUUACCUUUUGAAAGAAAAGCCACGAAACGUUUGACGAACAAGUACAUAGUGAGCGACAGUUUGGAGGUGGUGUGGAACAACAGGAGAUGUUCAUCGCUCUACUGCUUGUCCAUCUGCCUGCAACAGUCGGUCUGUGCCGCAUUCAACAUGAGACCGGGGCUUCAAGGCGGAUGUAUCUGUGAGCUGAAGGAUGCCAGAAGUUGGUUGACUUUUGACACCGUUUCUGAAGUUGGUGCCAGUUACUGGGGUUACCCUAUCCAUGGGUAUAAUUGGUCGCGCUGA